UGCUUCUUGUUCAAGAACUGGUUGAUAUUGACAAAUUGUUAACAUCAAAAACAAACAAUAGAACCUUUGAGUUUGUUUCAGAAGAUGUGCGCCAUCAGGUUAUGUGUAAUUUUGUUCUUGAUUGUAUAAAAACGCGACGGGAUGUAAAGAGUUACGUUGAGCUUUCAUCGAUGGACUCACUUUUUGAGUAUGUUAAUGUUCGGCAGCACUAUGGGAAAGAAGGAAAAUGUUGCUUGUACGUACCUGGGAAUCUUUUGAUAGGAAGACUCGGGAUCAAUGUCAUUGUCCAUGAGACGUUCCAAAGUGAAAGUAAAGCAGUGUGCAGAAAGCUUAAGAUACCCGACAAUGUAGGAAACUUAGAUCAUCGUACUAGAAUCAGAUUUCACAGAUAUGUUAAAACCUCCGUGGAAAAAGACCCACUUCCUGCGGGAGAGCUAAGCUUUAACAGCUUACUUGGGUCGUUUUUAAUUGAAGAAACUACAGACAUGAUAAAAGAUCUGAAAUCUCUUCAUCUGUCAAUAAAGAAAUGGAGCAUACUUAUCUCUAUCCUUUUGUCAACUGAUUAUUGUCUGUGUAUAUACACAAACUGGAAAGAAAAACUUGAGGAAAUUCGAAACGCUUUCUCAACAUUACAAGACGAUGAUACAAACGAAGAAAAUGAAGCUAUGGGAGAAUUUUUGAGCAAAGAUUUUGUUCUCAAGGAAGACAAAGAUAAGGAGAGUGUGAAAUUUUUAUCUAAUGAAGUCCGUCAUCAAGACUUGUUUUAUGUUCUCCAGUUAUGGAAUAAAGGUGGAAUAAUGAUCGGGGUGGAUGGUGGGCAACACUUGGAAAACCCUUCUUACUGCGAUUGA